AUGUCCGCAGACGAUGUCGCACAACGAAUGCCUGAACAAAUUACUAUUGGAGCAUCCGGUUUUACGCCAGCUGGUUAUCCAAAGGUUAUACCCGGUGCAUAUGCUCAACGAAUUCAGAAUUCGAAAAACCCAGAAAACUUCUCGAUAAAUUUGUAUACCGGUGCGUCGACUGGUGAUGAGCUCGAUGGUGUUUUAGCUCGUACUGGUCGAAUGAAACUACGAAUUCCUUAUCAAUCACAUCCUGAUCUGAGAAAAUUAAUCAAUAAGGGAAAAUUGAAUUUUAUCGACAUGCAUUUGAGUCAUGUGGGAAGAUACAUCAGAGAAGGAAUCUUUCCUUCAAUUGAUGUAGCCAUUGUUGAAGCUUGCGAUGUGACACCUGAUGGAAGAAUUUACUUAACAAAUUCAAGUGGAAUGAGUGGAACGUAUCUCAGUUUAGCAAAGGAUAUCUACAUUGAAUUGAAUGAAGCACAUCCAUUGGAUAUGAAAGGACUUCAUGAUAUUUACCUACCUGAAUUACAUACCGGAAGACCAAUUAACAUUGAUUAUGUUGAUGAUCGAAUUGGUACACCAUAUGUUCGUGUGAAUCCUGAACGAAUCAAAGGAAUCGUUCUAACGAAUAAUUUCGACUCAUCCAAGGGAUUCAAAGAACCUGAUGAAGCAAGUUUUAAAAUUGCUAAUCAUAUUCUCGACUUUAUUCUUCAUGAAGUAGAACAUGGAAGAAUUCCGAAGGGUUUACUUCCAUUUCAAUCCGGUGUUGGAAAUGUAGCGAAUGCAGUGCUAGCUUGUAUAGCGAAAGAUAAUCGCUUCAAAUCAAUUGAAAUGUACACCGAAGUUAUUCAAGAUUCGAUCUUUGAUCUAUUAGAUAGUGGAAAACUUCGGUUUGCAUCAACAACUGCAUUGACCUUUUCACCAGAAGGCCAAACACGAUUCUUCAAGGAAUUGAACGAACUCAAAUCAAAAUUUAUUCUACGACCAAUGGAAAUUUCAAACAAUCCCGAAGUCAUUCGUCGAAUGGGCUUGAUUACAAUGAACACAGCACUAGAGGCUGAUAUCUAUGGAAAUGUCAAUUCCACACAUGUUUUAGGUUCGUCGAUGAUGAAUGGAAUUGGUGGCAGUGGGGAUUUUACACGAAAUGCGUACAUCUCAAUCUUUAUGGCACCAUCGGUCGCAAAAGGUGGAAAGAUUUCGGCAUUUGUACCAAUGGUUUCACACGUUGAUCACAAUGAACAUUCAGUACAAAUCAUGGUUAGUGAACAAGGUUUAGCCGAUCUACGUGCUAAAAGCCCCAAAGAACGCGCUCGCAUCAUUAUCGAUAAAUGUGUUCAUCCCACGUAUAAAGACUUGUUGAAAGAUUAUGUUCGGGACGCCCAACGUAAUUCGUUUGCACAACAUACACCUCAUGAUUUGAAACAAGCACUUUCAUGGCACGUGCGUUUACAAGAAACAGGUUCGAUGCAUCCCGAUCAUCAAGAAACGAAACAACCAACAAGCAAAGACACAGAGAAAGCUGCAAAGAAAAUGGACCAGACUGCCGCACCCAAAAAAUAG